AUGGAUGCUCGUCACUCUUUGGACAAGCGGCAUAAAGACCUUGGGGCUCUUGAUGAGGUCGAGGAGGUCCUCAAGACAGCCCCCCAAGCACGCGACUACUCAGGUGCACAUGAAAAGACUGACCCGCGUGAGAUCGCCCUCGUGCGAAAGCUCGAUUGGUGGAUCAUGCCUAUUCUAUGGCUGAUGUACUGGCUCAAUUACCUCGACCGAAAUGCCAUCGCCCUCGCUCGUCUCAACACCAUCGAAAAGGACCUCAACCUCACCGGUUCUCAAUAUCAGACCUGCGUCUCGAUCCUCUUUGCAGGUUAUGUCAUUGUUGGUAUUCCAGCGAAUAUGGUCGUUACUCGCGUUCGACCGAGCAUCUGGAUGGCGUCUUGUAUGACGGUCUGGGCCAUCAUCAGUGGCUUGACAGCGUUGAGUCGUAACUAUACCGGUUUGCUGCUGACGCGCUUCUUCUUGGGCAUUACUGAGGCGCCGUAUUAUCCUGGUGCACUGUAUAUCCUUGCAAGAUUCUACACUCGCAAGGAGCUUGCGACUCGCAUCUCCAUCCUGUAUACCGGAAAUAUUCUUGCCACGGCGUUUGCAGGCUUGAUCGCUCUAGGUAUCUUUGAGAUGGACGGAAUGGCCAAUCUCGCUGGCUGGCAAUGGCUCUUCAUCAUCCAAGGCGCCGUUACCCUCUUAGUCGCACUCAUCGGCUUCUUCGUCCUCCCCGACGAGCCCCUCACAACACACUGGUUGACUGAGCAAGAACGCCAACUAGCCCACGAGCGAACCCAGCGCGACACCGUAGGAAAUGCCGGCGAGUCAACAAGCUUCUCUGGCAUUCGUGAAGCGGCGAAAGAUCCCAAGGUUUGGCUUUUCGUCGUCAUGCAGCAUUGUCAUCUUGGUGCGAAUGGCUUCAAGAACUUCUUUCCGACUGCUGUCAAGACGCUGGGAUUCAAUCAGACUAUCACCCUGGUCUUGACAUGUCCCCCUUAUUUGAUUGCGGGAGCAAUUUCGAUUGCUUGGUCGUGGUCUUCUGGACGAUUUAAUGAGCGAACUUGGCAUAUCACCAUUGCGAAGGCGGUCGCGGUGUUUGGCUUCAUUCUUGGUUGCGCGACGCUCAAUACUGGUGCUCGAUACUUCGCAAUGUGUGUCUUUUCGAUCGGUACAUAUGCAGUCAACAGCAUCAUCCUCGGUUGGGUCUCAGCCACUUGCUCUCAGACCAAAGAGAAGAAAGCUUGUUCCCUCGCCAUCGUCAACUGUAUUGCUGUAGCAUCCUUCAUCUGGACUCCGUACAUGUGGCCUUCUUCCGAUGAACCUCGCUACACCAUGGCCAUGUCUUCAAGCGCUGCGCUGAGUGUCGCAACUGCAAUUGGGGCGUGGGGAAUGAGGUUUUGGCUCAUGCAGGAGAAUAAGAAGAUCAGGCAGUCUGAGAAUGAGUCCACGCUGUACUACGCGUAUUGA